UCAGAUUGAAAGUCAGGUUGAUAUGCUUAAGUUGGAAAUUGAAGAACAUGGUUUGAAAUGCUCAUCUGAAAUGGAGAACAUAGAAGAGGAGUCAGAAGCAAAAGAAGAACAACUGAAACUAAUGGACAGGGAGGCACAGGAGCUAUUAAUGGAGUCUGAAGAAAAGCUGAAGAGGACUUUGAUAGAGUGCACGGAGGAGACUCAAUUAUGUGCUCAGGAGCUCUAUUCGUUGAUCGAUAGUGUCUCUCAGUAUAAGGAGUUUAUGGGAUCUACAGUUGUUGGGAUCGGAGAGGAGAUCAGAGAGAUAGUUGAAGGAGUGAAACAGGCCUUUGAGGCUUCUUCCAGGAUGCACGGGAAAAGUUUUCUGUUUGGACUCCGGGCGUGACAAUACGUGCAGAAUAUGACGCCACGUGU